AAAUUACUUAAAGCUUAAUCCACUGUUUUCGCACGGAAAACUGUCGGCUGGAAUCAUUGCACGAAAUAUAAGCGAAAAGUAUUCCAUUUGAUCAGGGAAAAAUACAGAGAGUAGUGGAUGGCUUUGGGGAGACUUAGGAAAGAAGCUUUUGUGUCGUGUUUUCCUUCUCUCUUGUACAAAUAAAACCACAGCAUCACUUCAAUGGCCGAUUGAUCCUCGCAAUAAAUCGCUUCAAAGAACUGACGGUCAAAAGCAAGUAUGGACUACCAGGAACUGGAACUAGAGGAUACUUCCAGUGAUGUGUUUCAUAAGAGAAAAGAACUACCAAGAAAGGAUUAUGAGAGUCUCGACUAUGAUGUUUGUUAUAAUAAGCCCUUCUCAGCGAUGCUUCAGUCCAAGGAAAAUAUGUCCUUGAAAAAGCAGAAUUUGAUCAGAUGGGUCGUGACAUUUGUUAUUGGAGUAUUGACAGGCCUGGUCGCUGUUUUUAUAGAUUACUUCAUAAAGAUGCUUACAGACUUGAAAUUUCAAGUUGUAGAAAAAUCGUUAAACCUUUGCACUCCUGAGGGAUGUCUGGUCAUUACAUUAGUAAUUAUGAUGCUUUUCAAUGGAGGUUUUACACUUAUUGCUGGCUGCCUUACAGCUAUGGAGCCUGUUGCUGCUGGUAGUGGGAUCCCUGAAAUCAAGUGUUACUUGAAUGGGAUAAAGGUUCCACAUGUUGUGAGGCUGAAGACGCUUGUCAGUAAAGCUGUUGGAGUUCUGUUUAGUGUUGCUGGAGGGCUAUUUGUUGGUAAGGAAGGGCCUAUGAUUCAUAGCGGAGCAAUUAUUGGAGCUGGUGUGCCUCAGUUCCAGAGUCUGGCAUUUAGCAAAAUCAAUUUCAACUUUCCAUAUUUUAGGACGGACAGGGAUAAGCGAGACUUUGUGUCAGGAGGAGCUGCUGCAGGUGUCGCAGCUGCCUUUGGUGCCCCAAUUGGAGGGGUUCUCUUCAGUCUUGAGGAAGGCAGUUCCUUCUGGAAUCAGGACCUUACUUGGAGAACUUUUUUCUGUUCGAUGUCUGCAUCCUUCACUCUCAACAUGUUCUUGUCUGGAAUCAAUAACUUUGGUUGGGGAUCUUUUUACCAGCCUGGUCUUAUCAACUUUGGUGUUUUCCAGUGCAACAAGGCGCCAGGAAAGAAGUGUGACUUGUGGAAUAUCCAAGACCUGCUAAUCUUCAUCAUAAUGGGAUUUGUAGGAGGUUUGCUGGGCGCCUGGUUCAACAGUCUAAAUAGGAAUCUCACAAUUCACAGAAUUCUUUAUGUAAACUCUCGGCGGAAAUUCGUCAAAAUACUCGAGGCAAUUCUUGUUGCUCUCGUGACAACAUCUAUUGCUUUCUUUUGUCCUGUUUACUUGGGAAGCUGUUUGUCCAGAGAUUUACCAUCGCAAAACAUCAACCUGACAACAAAAGAAGUUAAGUCAUAUUUUUGUAGCAAAGGCGAAUACAAUGAUAUGGCGACGUUAUUCUUCAACUCCCAAGAAGGCGCCAUAAAGCAGUUGUUUCAUUUGGAUGGAGCAUUCAGUCUACCAUCUCUCGCAAUCUUCUUCAUAUGUUUCUACUUCCUGGCCUGCUGGACGUAUGGUGCAAGUGUUCCCAGUGGAUUGUUUGUUCCUUGUUUGCUGUGUGGUGCUGCAUAUGGCAGGUUCAUUGGCGAGUUACUCAGACGGUUUGUAGGGUACGAUCAUACGUAUCACGGUACAUUUGCGCUGAUUGGUGCCGCAUCAUUCCUGGGUGGAGUUGUUAGGAUGACUAUCAGUCUCACUGUUAUUCUCAUAGAGUCAACCAAUGAGAUUAGCUACGGGCUGCCUAUCAUGAUCACACUAAUGGUUGCUAAGUGGUCAGGCGACCUUUUUAAUGAAGGUCUUUAUGACAUCCACAUCAAGCUGAAGAGCAUCCCUCUACUAGAGUGGUCAGCACCUUCAGAGAUGUACAGGCUCAAGGCAUGGAACAUCAUGGAAUCGUGCCUCUCAUACAUAUAUCCCCACACUCGACUGCACUCCAUCAUUGGAAUCCUCAAGACAACUGCACAUAACGCAUUCCCAGUGGUGACGGUGGAUAAAGCAUCAGCUAUCCCUGGCGACGUCUCGGACUACCCUGACAACCCUCUGACGAGCAACGAGCAAUAUGCCAAAUCCACUACGAGGUCGUUCGUCGUGAGUGAGCAACAGCUAAGGCGAGCUACAUCCGAGGAUUCCUUGGGGGCGACUGUGAGGUCAAGAGGAAGAAGUCUAAGCGGCCAGGGAAUACCUGAUGGAAGUGGGAUGUUAGGGGCCAGUGCAGCUAUUCUCUCUACAUCUGCACCGCCACAGUCAUAUAUAGGAAAUGCUGCUGACAACGAUUUGGUUGUUGAAAGCCAUGGGUUAGAAGAGGAAAUACAGUUCAGUGAUUCGCAAGAACUACAACCGUCACAAGUUGAUGGCCCAUCAAAUAUCAUUGGCGAGAUGCAAGCCUGGCUUAAUUCAGGCCAAAUGCUGACUUUACAUGGAUUUAUACUCAGAUCCCAGCUUGUCACUUUGAUCAAAAAAGGAGUCUACUACGAUGAAAAGAACGGGAAAGAAACUCAGCAAGUUGUUGAUUUUUCUGGUAUGACAGAGGAGUACCCCAGAUUCCCUGACAUUCACAGUAUACACAUCGAGGAGGAUCAACAGGAAAUGAUCAUGGAUGUAACCCCAUACAUGAAUCCAUGUCCAUAUGUGGUGUUUCCGUGGACGCCCGUACCUCUUGUAUUCAACCUUUUCCGUACCAUGGGUCUGCGACAUCUUGGUGUCACUAAUAGUAAGGGACAGAUUACCAGUCAUCCUUUCGUCAAGACCACUCGACGGAGAAGGCACUCCUUAAAGUCCACAACGACAUAUCAUGGGUUCAUGCUGUUAGUCCUACUGGAUCUAAAUAAAGAACUUCAUUUUAAAGACAACCUCCUUGAUAUUAUUUAGCACUCGAUAAAUUAUUCUAUAUUAAAAUAAUUACUGAAACUAUGAUUGAUAUAUCAAUAUCCUAGUGUGAUAAAAUAAAACGGCAAAGAUUAACCAUAGUUAAAUCAUUAGCUGGCUAACUUAAAAAGGUAUAUGGGAUUGUUAUUCAAGAACUCAUAAAAGUACAACAACAACGCAUUGGCGACCGUAGCAUUCACAUUUUGUCCUUGUAAAUAAAAACGGCUUUUUGGUUGAGCUCCCGUGCACGAAAACUAACAAAAAGAAUCACCAAAUUCUAGGUCACACCUUAUCCUGUUAUCCUCUACAUUUUUAUUUUGCCAUUUUAGUAUGUGUGGGUUGUGGCAUUUAUUUUUGAAGAAUUAUAUCAGACCGUUUUGAUUGUUGCAAUGUGUAGUUCCAGAAAAUAUCCAUACCCCCCAUUGAGGGGGUCGGAGGUAUGACCCCCCCUCCCCUCUGGAAAUUCCUGGGCGUUUUAACACUCCCCCCUCGGAAUUCCCAAUCCCCUCAAUGUGGGGAGGUAUGGAUAUUUUCUGGAACUAACAAUAUGGAUUUGUUAGCGACACGCGAGCGAAAGCCCAUUGGCGAUUGUUGGUUUGUUAACCUGCUGCAUUGCGAAGUUAAAACCAUUUUUAUACAUUAAUAAAGAGCAAAAAGGAAAGGAUGUGAUAUGUUUUUCAGUUAAUAUGUUUUAAUGAUUCUAAAAUGAAAAAUAACUCGUACCAGACGACAGAAUUUUUUUAGUGAUACGGAACUAUACCCACUGCUACGGAACUACUCACAAUAUAUGCAAACAGAAAAUACCAUAUAAAUCAAUAAAAUUCGAAAAUGUGUAGUCUUUUCUGUGCAUAUUAUAUGCAUAAGUAAAUUUGUAGUCGUCUUAGAAAAAAUCAUGAGCAUUGGGCCCUCCG